AUGGCAAUGAGUGAAGACAGCUACAAUACAUACAAGGCUGUUUAUACUGUGGACCACAGUCUCCAUGAGAUGAGUCUUCAGCAAGUACAAAUGCAACAUUUUGGGAAUGGGGCAAGAAUGAUGUUCUUCCCCUGGCAGAUUCCCCAUUCUGUGUGCAGUGAGAGCUGUGGUCCUGGAUUCAGGAAAGUUUCCCUAGAGGGCAAGGCUGUUUGCUGCUAUGAUUGCACUCCUUGUGCAGACAAUGAGAUUUCCAAUGAGACAGAUCUCCUGGCAGAGGAGCCCCCUCCCUAUCAGGUGGGACCCGCUCGGCGACCCGGCGGAGCGGCGGCGGCUCCCGCUGCUGCGGAGGAGGCGGCGGCAGCGGCCGCAUUAGCGGCUGCGAUCCGGCCGUUGGCAGAUGCUAAGGUUUCCUCAACCAGCAGGACCUCAGAUGAAGACAAGGAAGAUGAGGUGUCGUCCCCCAUUGCCGGCCGCCUCCGCGGCCGCCGGGAGGGACCCCCUACUGAGUCCCAAGCUUUCCCACUCAGAGAAGGGCCGAACCGACAACUCCAAUAUUGGCCUUUCUCUGCUUCAGACCUUUACAACUGGAAACAACAUAACCCCGUUUUUUCCAGGGACCCUGUUGCGUUGACUAACCUAAUUGAAUCCAUCCUAGUGACUCACAGGCCAACUUGGGACGAUUGUCAGCAGCUCCUGCAGACCCUCUUGACAGUGGAGGAAAAGCAGAGAGUUUUCCUGGAGGCCCGGAAACAGGUUCCGGGCGAUGACGGGAGGCCCACCCAACUCCCAAAUGUCAUCGAUGCGGCUUUUCCCUUGACUCGCCCUAACUGGGACUUCAAUUCGCCUGAAGGUAGGGAGCAUCUAUGCCUCUAUCGCCAGUUGCUCUUAGCGGGUCUCCGAGCGGCCGCUAGAAGGCCUACUAAUUUGGCUCAGGUUAGAAAUGUAAUACAGGGAAAGGAAGAGACCCCCGCUGCAUUUCUAGAAAGGUUAAAGGAAGCUUAUAGGAUGUACACUCCGUAUGAUCCAGAAGACCCAGGUCAAGCACCAGGUGUCAUCCUAUCAUUUAUCUAUCAGUCUAGCUCAGAUAUCAGAACCAAAUUGCAGCGGUUAGAGGGUUUACAGGUGCUAGGGUUGCCAGACCUAUUGAAGGAAGCAGAGAAAGUAUUCAAUAAGAGAGAAACUCCUGAAGAGCAUGAGGAAAAGAGAUGGCAGAAACAAGAGGAAAGGGAUAGGAAACAGCAUAGGGAGAUAAAGAAAGUUCUGGCUGCCAUUGUAUCUCAGGGACAGCGGAGAGAGGGAGACAGGUCGGGAGAACGAAGGAGGCCACCCCUAGAUAAAGAUCAAUGUGCUUACUGCAAGGAGAAGGGACACUGGGCCCGAGAAUGCCCCAAGAAGCCACAAGGACCCCGCCGGCCCAAGCCCAAGACCGUGGACCUCCUUAGUCUGGAGGACUAGGGGGGUCGAGGCCAGGAGCCCCCCCCCGAGCCUAGGAUAACCCUCAAGAUCGGGGGGCAGCCCAUGACCUUCCUGGUUGAUACUGGUGCCGAACAUUCAGUCCUAACUCAUGCCAGAGUGCCUCUUAGCUGGCAUUCUGCACUGGUGCAGGGGGCAACUGGAAACAAGAGAUAUUAUUGGACUAUCGAGAGAAAAGUCCAACUGGCUUCAGGGCAAGUAACUCACUCCUUUCUGCACAUCUCCCGCUCCAACUCAGUAUUGUGCACUGCCCGGGGCACCAAAGAGACAACUCCAAGGUAG